AUGAGCUCCACACGUGAGAUCACUGCAACAACUGUCUGCCUGCACAGAGUGGUCUGCUCUUGUGGUGCUCAUGGCACAAUUGGGACCUAAGUCAACAAAAACAAUAAGAAAGUUAAGAGAAUGCAUCCCCAAAUGUACUUUGUUCACUUAUUUCACAAGCAUAUUUUACUGUCUGCAUGGAUCCUAUUAGUGAAAUUCGUAAUUAACAGCUGGUGUCCUCGUCACUAGUCCAGGCAGGAGGUAGCAUUGCCAACCCUCCAGGAUUGUUCUGGAGUAUCCAGGAAUGAAAAGAUUAAUCUUCAAUUAAAGAUUAUGUCAUGUGAUGAAACCUCCAGGAAUACAUCCAACCAGAAUGGGUAACCCCAGCAGGAACAGAACCUAAGCGUUCUGCUGGCCAGGGCAGAUGAUGUUUUCAGCAUCCCCCAGAGCGGCUGAGUCAAAAAAAAAAAAAAAAAAGAAAAAAAAGUGGCGAAGUAGGAUGGCACUCCCGAGAAGCUGGUGCCCAGGGUAACCACCCUGGUCACUGGCUCCCAGAACUGCAGCAACUGUCUGUAUUAUUAGUGCAAUGGGUCUAUAACAUCUUCUUUCCCAGGAUUACUUUGUGUAAUGGUACGGAAGAAAACUUAUUUCCACGAGGAGCGGUGCGGUGUGAGGCGAACGAGAACUAAACAGAUUUGCAGCCAACAUAAUGCUGGAGUUCCACAUUCGAAACAAGUAUUUCACAGAAUGGCACAGUCAGAAUUUAAUUUGGAUCAUGAAAUAUCAUGGUUUGUGCUUCCCUCUUAUUGGGCUAAAAUUAUUGUUGGACUCAUGUCCUGCAUAUGUUUUGCUAACAGCUACGAUGGAGAUUUUGUCUUUGAUGACUCUGAAGCUAUCAUCAAUAAUAAGGACCUCAGAGCAGAAACUCCACUUGGUGACCUGUGGCAUCAUGACUUUUGGGGUGGCAAACUCAGCAGCAAUACCAGCCACAAAUCAUAUCGACCACUUACUGUCCUGACUUUCAGAAUGAAUUACCUUUUUGCUGGAGGCUUUCACCCAGUGGGUUUUCAUGUCAUCAAUAUAAUACUGCAUUGUGCUAUCUCUGUAUUAAUGGUUGAUGUCUUCUCAAUAUUAUUGGGUGGGCUGCAAUACAGCAGUAAAGGAAGAAGGCUAAACCUUGCUCCAAAAGCAUCUCUUCUAGCUGCUUCACUGUUUGCUGUGCAUCCAGUGCAUACUGAAUGUGUUGCAGGGAUUGUUGGCAGAGCAGACCUGCUGUGUGCCCUGUUCUUUUUGUUGUCUUUCCUUGGCUACUGUAAAGCCUUUAGAGAAAAUAAGGAAGGGAACCAUUUUUCUACACUCUGGGUACUGGCGAGUGUUCUUCUUGGUGCAGUAGCCAUGCUGUGCAAAGAACAAGGAAUUACAGUACUGGGGUUGAAUGCUGUAUUUGAUGCUCUGGUGAUUAACAAACUAAAUAUUUUGGAACUUAUUCAAAAGGUACUACGUAAGGGCAAGUCAUUGGAGAACGUUGGGUUGUUUAAAAAGGGACUCCUCUUCAGGAUAACUCUUCUGUUGUCUGGAGGGGCCAUUAUGCUCUUCAUGCGCUGGAGAAUUAUGGGCACAGGACCACCCGCUUUUACUGAAGUAGACAACCCAGCUUCAUUUGCAGACAGCUUGUUUGUGAGAGCUAUAAACUAUAAUUACUACUAUUCGUUGAAUGCAUGGUUGCUGCUGUGUCCCUGGUGGCUGUGUUUUGAUUGGUCCAUGGGCUGCAUACCCCUUAUUAAAUCAGUCAGUGACUGGAGAAUAAUUGCACUAGCAGCACUUUGGUUCUGCCUAAUUGGCCUGAUCUGCCAAGCUCUGUGCUCACAAGACAGCCAUAAGAGAAGAAUUCUUACACUGGGACUGGGAUUUCUUAUUAUCCCUUUUCUGCCUGCAAGUAACCUGUUCUUCCGAGUAGGAUUUGUUGUUGCAGAGAGAGUCAUCUAUCUCCCCAGUAUUGGCUAUUGUAUGCUACUUACGUAUGGCUUUAGUCUCUUGAGCAAACAAGCGAAGAAAAAGAAAACGCUGGCUGCUGCUGUACUAGGAAUCUUGUUGAUCGACGUGCUGCACUGUGUUAUCCGCAGUAACCAGUGGAGGUCUGAAGAACAGCUUUUUAGGAGUGCUCUGUCAGUGUGCCCUCUUAAUGCUAAAGUUCACUACAAUGUUGGCAAAAACUUGGCUGAUAAAGGCAACCAAACAGCUGCAAUCAAAUACUACAGGGAAGCUGUAAGGUUGAACCCCAAAUAUGUACACGCCAUGAACAACCUUGGAAAUAUCUUGAAAGAAAGAAAUGAGCUCCAGGAAGCAGAGGGGCUGCUCUCCUUAGCUGUACAAAUACAGCCUGAUUUUGCUGCUGCAUGGAUGAAUCUAGGAAUAGUACAGAAUAGUUUAAGAAGGUUUGAAGAGGCAGAGCAAAGCUACUGGACUGCACUUAAACACAGGAAAAAAUACCCAGAUUGUUACUACAAUUUAGGACGGUUGUAUGCAGAUUUGAAUCGCCACAUAGAUGCAUUGAAUGCAUGGAGGAAUGCUACAGUUCUGAAACCAGAGCAUAGUUUAGCUUGGAACAACAUGAUUAUAUUGCUUGAUAAUACAGGGAAUUUAGCACAAGCUGAAGCAGUUGGAAGAGAGGCCCUGGAACUGAUACCUAAUGAUCAUUCUCUUAUGUUUUCUUUGGCAAAUGUACUGGGAAAAUCACAGAAAUAUAAGGAAUCUGAAGCUUUGUUCCUCAAGGCAAUUAAAGCCAAUCCAAAUGCAGCCAGUUAUCAUGGUAAUUUGGCUGUGCUUUACCAUCGCUGGGGAAAUCUUGACUUAGCCAAGAAACACUAUGAAGUCUCUCUGAAGCUUGACCCUGCUGCACCCGGGACCAAGGAAAACUACAGCCUCUUAAAAAGAAAACUGGAACAAUUGCAAAAGAAAGGCAAUGUCUGAUGUUUCUUUUUAGGCUGUCAGCGCAUGCUGUAUACCUUUAAUGUUACAGGGCUACUUUUAACCAUUUAAGGGAUUCAGUCACAGAGUUUUAAAAAUAAUAAUUACAGCACCACUAAUGCACACUCAAAUGCUUGAUUUGGUCUUACAUUGGAAAUGUAUCUUUUUUUUUCAGUUGACUCAACUGUAGAUUCUAAAAUUUCAGCUCAAGAAUGUUCUUUUCUGUUUUUGUUUUUUGAAAUCUUUAACUGUUUUUAAACCCCAUUAAAUACACUGACAUGAGUAUGUGAAAUUUAAUGUAGUGUGGAGUUUCACAACACUACUUCACAACACUAUAAGUAAAUAGAAAGUUUAUUUUCAUAUGCAGUUGACUCAUUCAUCUGACUUUUAGUAUCAGUGUAGAAUACUAAAAUGGAGAAAGUGACUCUGAAGAAAUGGCACUGUCCUAUUUGAAAAUGUGAUCCCUUACACGUAUGCAGAGUCCAUAGAUAUUCACUUCAGAGAGUGAAGUGGAUUCCAGUCUAUAUAGCACAUCAACAGAAUGGUUAAUCAUUACAAUUGUAGGUCCAAAUUCUGACUAAGUUUGUGCCUGUGCAAACCCGUUGACAGCAGUGGGGUUGGCAAAGGUGUAAAUGAGGCAACAAUUUGACAAGCAUAGGGUUAUCAGCCAUAUGUGAUGGUGCACUCGGUCAGGGGUGGAAGGACCCCACGGACAGAAAGUCUUCCCAGAACAAUGUAGUGGUACAAGUGGGCAGCACUGGCUAAGGAGUGAGUGUGGCCGUGGUACAGGAGGUGCACUGAUGCAGCCUUUUCCCAGUCAGCCUCUGCUGGCAGGACUCCCCUAGCAGCCAUUAAAAUUGUCUUAACUCUUGUGGCAGGAUGGUGGGGCAAACACAGUCAACCCUAUGCCCCAGGUUAAUCCUUAUCUUCUUGGGCAUAGCAACUCCCACUGGUUCAGGAAGUUUCAACUUGGAGUUCCUGCAUCAGGGAUGAACCAAGCACAAAGCCACAAAGAAACUGACCUGCAGAAUCCCUUCUACUGGCACAUGAACCAUAAGAAAUCCAGAUUCGCUUUCAGAUCUCAGGGUGAGUUCGCUGAAGUGGCAAUUAGGGGAAAAAAGCAUCUUUUAAUUUAUAAACACAGAAAUAUUAUAUGGAAAUGACUGAGACAUUUGUACAGCACCACUUUUGGAGCAUGCUGCACUUUAAACUAGGGUUUUGAGUUAACUCAUACGAUUAACUCAAAAAAAUCGCGAUUAAUGGUGUUCUUCUGUUAAACAAUAGAAUACCAAUUGAAAUGUAUUAAAUAUUUUUGUACAUUUCCAAAUAUGUUGAUUUCUAUUAUAACACAGAAUACAAAGUGUACAGUGCUCACUUUAUAGUAUGAUUUUUUAUUACAAAUAUUUGCACUGCACAACGAUAAAAGAAAUGGUAUUUUUCAAAUCACCUCAUACAAGUACUGUACUGCAGUCUUUGUCAUGAAAGUGCAACUUACAAAUGUAGAUUUUUGUGUUACAUAACUGCACUCAAAAACAAAACAAUCUAAAACUUUAGCGCCUACAAGUCCAGUCAGUCCUACUUCUUGAGCCAAUUGCUAAGACAAACAAGUUUGUUUACAUUUACGGGAGAUACUGCUGCCUGCUUCUUAUUUACAAUGUCACCUGAAAGUGAGAACAGGCCUUCGCAUGGGACUUUUGUAACCAGCAUUGCAAGGUAUUUAUGUGCCAGAUAUGCUAAACAUUCAUAUGCCCCUUCAUGCUGUGGCCACCAUUCCAGAGGACGUGCUUCGAUGCUGCUGAUGCUCAUUUAAAAAAAAAAAUGCUUUUAAUUAAAUUUGUGACUGAACUCCUUGGGGGAGAAUUGUAUGUCUCCUGUUCUGUUCUAUCUGCAUUCUGCCAUAUAUUUCAUGUUAUAGCAGUCUCAGAUGACCCAACACAUGUUUGUUUUAAGAACACUUUCACAGCAGAUUUGACAAAAUGCAAAGAAGGUACCAAUGUGAGAUUUCUAAAAAUAGCUACAGCACUGGACCCAAGGUUUAAGAAUCUGAAGUGCCAUCCAAAAUCUGAGAGGGACGAUGUUUGGAACAUGUUUUAAGAAGUCUUAAAAGAGCAACACUCCGAUGCGGAAACUACAGAACCUAAACCAUCAAAAAAGAAAAUUAACCUUCUCUUGGUGGCAUCUGACUCAGAUGAUGAAAACGAAGAUGCGUCGGUCCGCUCUACUUUGGACCGUUAUCAAGCAGAACCCGUCAUCAGCAUAGACACAUGUCCCCUGGAAUGGUGGUUGAAGCAUGAAGGGACAUAUGAAUCUUUAGUGCAUCUGGCAUGUGAAUAUCUUGUGAUGCUGGCUACAACAGUGCCACGCAAACGCCUGUUCUCACUUUCAGGUGACGUAAAAAAAAAGCGGGCAGCAUUUUCUCCUGCAAAUUGUAACCAAACUUGUUUGUUUGAGCGAUUGGCUGAAGUAGGACUGAAAGGACUUGUAGACUCUAAAAUUUUACAUGGUUUUAUUUUUAAAUGCAGUUAUUUUUGUACAUAAUACUACAUAUGUAAGUUCAACUUUCAUAAUAAAGAGAUUACACUACAUUACUUGUAUUAGGUGAAUUGAAAAAUACUAUUUUGUUUUUUACAGUGCAAAUACUUGUAAUCAAAAAUAACUAUAAAGUUAGCACUGUAUUCUUUGUAUUCUGUUGUAAUUCAAAUAUAUUCUAUUCAAUUCAAUGUGUUUGAAAAUGUAGAAAACAUUCAAAAAUAUUUAAAUAAUAGUAAAAUACCAUUUAACAGUGUGAUUAAUUGUGGUUAAUUUUUUAAUCGCUUGACAGCCCUACUUUAAACUUUUAAUUAGCAGCACAGAGGAGGGAGUCAAAUGCUGUUCGUGUGCUGGUAUUUACAUAGCUCAACAUAAUGUUGCUGCUUCUGUAAAUAUUUAUCUUUUUAAAAAGAAAGUGGAAAAACAAUCUAUUGGAUCUGAGAAUUGAGAGAUUUGACCUCCUCUCUCUCCAUGUUCCUGCAUUCUGUAUUUUUUUUUCCAUAGGAAGAAAUUGAUUCAUGCAAUAUUUGCAGCUUUCCUAACUUGUGUGGUAAUAUUGUACAGGCAGUUCUGAUAUAUUCUUAAUAUACCACUCACUUAAAUAUGAAACUGUUUAAAAUGUAAGGCAAAUGUCUGCCAUAGUACAGAAUAUUACAUGAUCUUGCCCUUCUGAAUACCAUGUAAAUGUUUUACAUCUACCGUACUCUACUUUUUAAAUGUUUUGCUUGGAAAAGAGUGCCACAUUUGGAACUAAAAUACAAGUGGCAAGUUUUUAUAGAUUUUUAUAUUCUGUCCUACAGCUCAGCCUAAUAUGCAUCAAAUGUAGAAGGCAUUGUGUUAAAUAGGCUUCUAGACCAAAAAAAAAAAGGAUUUUGCUAUGGAAACUAGUUUCUAGCAGACAAAAGAAAUGACUUCACAAAAACAAGCCAUAUUUGUUUAUUCACAAUGUCUGUUGUAAUUGAGUUCUAAAUUAUUAUUCUUGUCAUGUAGUUCACAUGUAUGAUCAUCCUUAUUGGCAUGUACUGUUUGUUUUGGAUUAAUCCAAUAGAUCAAUAUUAUACUUAGGGCACGAAAACUCUGCAUUUCAUUAUGCAGCAAACCCAUUACAUGCACUUGUCUGGGGAUGCUGACUUGUCCUCCUACUCUGAGUUUCUGAUGGAUUGGGCCUCCUAUUUUGUACUCUUAGUAUUUUAAAAUGUUUAUUUACUCUUCUAGUGCCAACCCCAUGAUCUCUUCUUGAUUUAUAUUCAGGUUAUUUAAUAUCACUUAACUUUUUAUUGGUCUUCAUUGUUUUAAUUUAUAAUUAAUUAUUUAGUGCAAUAAAAAUGAAAGGUAAUCACUUAUAUCAAUUUAAUAGCAAUGGUACACUUUUAGCAGAGUAUGUCGGAGCUCAACUGGCUUCUGAAGAACUAAUGUACAAGAUUCUGUUUAUAUAAAAUACCCCAUAAAUCUUUCAAGAACACUAAAUAUCUUCCACUUUAUCCUCUCAAACAACUUAGUAAUGCAACUCAUUCAAUGUAUUAGGCCUAUUAAAGUAUUUAUGAAUUUACCUUUUUAAAAUGUUUAAUUUUCCACACCUGGUAACUAACUCCUGAGUCAGUAUAGAAAAUAUUGCCUGCAAGAGAAAAAAGAUGUAAAGAGAGGGGUUUCACAGGAAGGAGAUUUUAUAAGCUUAGACCCAUUUGUUUUUUAAUAAUUUUUCUUUCCACUAUUGCUAAUUGAUAAUAUCAAUAUAGAAUAUUACUGUUGCUAAUUUCUCCUUGCCAGCUGAUCAAUCCUUUCCUAUUUGAUUAUGCAGUGAAGUCAUAAAUCUAUAUUUGUGACAUUGUAUUAAUUUCCAUAGCAAUAGAUUGUGAGGUCACAAGUGCUUGGUCACUUCACUGUUCACUCAUUUAAACAAAAUUACGAAGAAAGAGCAAAGGUAGGCAGCAUGCUCCAAUGGAUAAAGCACAAGAUUAGACAUAGGGUCUGUACGCUACUGCUACUGUUAAUCACUGUAAUUCUGAUUUACUCACAUGUGGAAACAUUUCAAAAGCAUCCACUAACUUUGAGAGCCUCUAUUUUUGAGUGUCCAACUUCUCAUAUUUACGGCCUGACUGUCGGGAUGUGCUGAGCACUUGCUGUUCCUGUUGAUUUUAACUGCAAUUGUAUUUAGUAUAUCUGAAGAUCAAGCCCUAGGUGUCUGUUUGGACAUUGUGAAAUUGAGGCACUCAACUUUUGAAAAUGUUGGCUUUACUGUCUCCCAGCUAUACUGUAUGCAUCUGUAAAAUUGGAACCAACUACAUUUGUUCGGCACCUCUGUAAAAAUAGUUGUGAUCUAGGGAUGAAAACCUCCUUAUUUAAUAUAAAAAAUGACUAGCCAAAUGAAUUGGUUUGUGUACAUAUUCUCCCCAUGCUACAACAUCAGGCUCUUAGGAUACAUAUAGUCCUACAAUUCAUUAUAACAAUGAAAGAAUCUCAGAAGAAUUUGAAUCAUAUCAAAGCAUCCCACACAGCCAACUAUACCUGUGAUACGAAGUCAUUUUCCAUCUUCAUGUGCAGUUGUUCUUUCCUUCCAAGGAAAUCCCCUACUGGUUAAAGUUUCUUCAGACUUAACUCCUCUUCCUGUCCUCUUCAACUAGUCUCCUGAGCCUGAGGUCUGGAUUCCUGAAACUCCUGGUGUUUCAUCUUUAUGGGUACACAUCCUUAUCGUGUGUGUCCCUUGCAUCAAGAAUCCUACAAGUAUUGUUGAGCUCAGGCCGAAUGUGAUAUGAGCAACAGGUACACCUGGGGAGGUCAGAUGGCAACAGUAACUGGAUGAGGGAAUGAGAUUGUAAAAGACAAGUGAAGGAAGAAAGAAAUCAAAGUUUGGGGUUGUGUCUUUUGUGGAGGUUUGUUACGGGGGGGAUGGGGUUACUGUUCACACAAAGGUUUGGCUACCCAAAAGAAUUGCAAGUUCAGACUAGGAGAGUUUAUUUUCUGAACUAGUUUUACCUAUUGCUAGGUUAUAUAUGAUCAUGUUGUAUUUUAGUAAAGUUGUCAUUUAUUUCAUUGUGUCCAGUUUUACACUAGUUUAAAAGUAAUCAAGCAGAUAACUGUAAAUCUGUAAAGCUCUUGAUGGGUUUUUUUUUAGUUUAAAACCCUGUCCUUUGGAAUUCCAAGCUCUAAAUUGUAGCAUAUUGCUAAAAGAAUAAAAUGUUUGAAUUAAAAACAUCUAAAUAUUUUAUUUAGAUGUUGAUUCCUUUGUGCAUACCAGAUUUCCAACAAGCAUAGCUACGUCUGCUGAUUCAAACAUGAUCCUCAUUUUCAGUGAGUGAGCAGUACUUGUAUUUUCAAAGUCCUUUAGAUGAAUCUCUUAAAUGUGCCCUCUACUAACAAAUCUUUUGUAAUAUGAAAGACCAUAAUCCACUAGGAAUGAAAGUGAGAAUACAAAUGAAAUUUGCUAUAGCAUAAAGGUUAAGUACUGUACACCUGCUACUUUUAAAGACACAAAUACCUGUAGCUGCAUGAGUCAUGUACUGGAGGAUUGAUUGUACUGUUAGCAAAAUGCAUUGCUGUGUUGUGGCAUAGGUGUUUGGUAUGUCAGUGUAUGGUAUAUUAGAAAUGAUUCAUGGCUUAUUAAAUUAUGGGGUUUUGUAGAAAUCCGGUCACAAGAAAUUUGAAAUCCGGUCACAAGAAAUUUGAAAUCCGUGGCUUUGAAUUUGAUGCUGAUAUCUGAACUCUUCUUUCUUGAUGUACUGUUAAUGAUCUGAGUUGCAAAUAGUUAUUCCAAUUUACAAAGUUUCAACCAAGAAAGACGCAAACAUUUGUAAUAAAGCCCAGUAAUAAAUCUGCAUUUUUGCUAUCAUGCUA